CAAAAAUACUCUAAAUCUGGCUGUGUUUCUGUCGCCACCUCCACAUCAUCAUCAACUCGCACGUGCUCCCUCUCCGUCUCCUUCCCUCCCCCUCCCUCUCUGCAAAUUUCCUUCUCCUUAUUCAAACAAACCCAAUCAAAACGCAACCAGUAUUGCUCAAAACGCAAACAAUUGUAUUCAGAGGGGCAGCAGCUACAUUAAACUCUAAAUUAUCCCGCGUUUCGUAUUCAUGACGACGUCGUAACGGACACAAGCCAGAGAAGCAAGGAGAUCCAGACCAGGAAACGACGUCGUACUAAAUGCACGCAUACAAUAGGUUACCGAGCAGCGGCCACACCACACCUUCACCGCCACAGUCGCCGUUACGGUCUCCUAGGUAUCGAAGUAAUAGCCGCUCUAAUAAGCGGUUCACGCCGUCGUCGCCUUGGUCGCAUUCGCCCGGUGGCGGCGGUGCUGGCCGGACUUUAGCUCACCGUUUAGCUUGGAUUUUACUCUCGGUAUUACUCCGGAGACAAGGAAUUUUUUUAUUUGCGCCGCUAAUUUAUAUUUCUGGAAUGCUGUUGUAUAUGGGAACGGUGUCGUUUGAUGUUGGCCCUAUUAUUCAACAUAAACCUCCGCCUGGUUCUGUUUAUCGGAGUCCUCAGCUUUAUCAGAGACUCCUCCCUGAAAUGAACGCCGAUAAUUCUUCAGCCGAUGCGUUAUCAACUAUAUGGAAAAACUCAUAUAAAGGUGGUGAAUGGAGAUCAUGUGUGAAUGAGUCUUCAGGAGGCUUACCUGAAUCAAAUGGUUACAUAUAUGUUGAGGCUAACGGUGGCCUGAAUCAGCAGAGAACUUCGAUAUGCAAUGGAGUUGCUGUGGCUGGAUAUUUAAAUGCAACACUUCUGAUCCCAAACUUUCAUUUUCAUAGCAUAUGGAGAGAUCCCAGCAAGUUUAGAGACAUUUAUGAUGAAGAUUAUUUCAUUAACACCUUGGAAAAUGAUGUGCGGGUUGUUGAUAAAAUUCCUGAUUAUCUUAUGGAGCGUUUUGAUCGUAAUAUGACCAAUGUCUACAACUUCAGAGUCAAAGCAUGGUCAUCUGUUCAGUACUACAGGGAUGUUGUUCUUCCAAGGUUACUAGAAGAAAAGGUUAUAAGGAUUUCUCCGUUUGCAAAUCGUUUGUCAUUUGAUGCUCCCCCAGCUGUACAAAGGCUUAGAUGUCUGGCAAAUUAUAAAGCCUUGAGAUUUUCAAAUCCCAUAUUAACUCUUGGAGAAACUUUAGUUGGGAGAAUGAAAGAACGCAGCGUCAACCAGGGGGAAAAGUAUGUUUCUGUGCACCUUCGCUUUGAGGAGGACAUGGUUGCUUUCUCUUGCUGUGUAUUUGAUGGUGGAGAACAAGAAGAGAGAGACAUGAAAGCGGCUAGAGAAAGAGGUUGGAGAGGAAAAUUUACAAAGCCUGGUCGUACUAUUCGUCCUGGAGCAAUCAGGCAAAAUGGGAAGUGCCCCCUUACUCCUUUAGAGGUAGGCUUAAUGCUCAGGGGAAUGGGUUUUGAUAAAAACACAUAUAUUUAUUUGGCAUCUGGAAAGAUAUAUAAUGCUGAAAAAUUUAUGGCUCCGCUGUUGGAGAUGUUUCCGAAUUUGCUAACUAAAGAAAUGCUGGCAUCAGAGGAUGAACUUGCUCCAUAUAAGAACUACUCUUCUAGGAUGGCUGCAAUAGAUUACACUGUUUGUCUUCACAGUGAGGUAUUUGUGACAACUCAAGGUGGAAAUUUUCCUCAUUUUCUGAUGGGCCACAGAAGAUUUUUGUAUGGGGGACACUCUAAGACAGUUCGGCCAGACAAGCGAAAGUUAGCUUUGCUCUUUGAUAAUCCAAAUCUUGGAUGGAAGAGCUUCAAGCGACAAAUGUUGAAUAUGCGAUCUCACAGCGAUUCCAAAGGAUUUGAACUCAAAAGGCCAAAUGAUUCUAUUUAUUCGUUUCCUUGCCCUGAUUGCAUGUGUCGCGUAAACAAAACUGAUACAAAAAGACUGCCAACUACGUGAUCUUUGUGGAGAGGUUUCGAUGGUUGAUUUCUUCUACGGGUUAUUGACGAGCACAUCUUGCUGCAGACCCCCUAUUUUGGCGUGCUGUAAUUCUUUCAUUCUUUUACCCCUUUCCCUAAAGUGAGGGAUUAUACCGUUAAAUUUAAAAAGCGUCAACGAUUUAUUGGAGAUUGAAUUCAUCUGGUCAUUUCCGGGCUUGGAACUUAAGGGGAAACUGCAUCUUUUUGUACAUUGACGCCGGAGAAUAUACGGGACAUUCUUACCAACCCGGAUGUUAACUGAGCAUUGUUUUUAUACAUGCUGCAGCAGCUGCUGUAUCUAACAAGCUGUAAAAUGAUACGAUUCGAUUCUUUUAUACCCUGGUUUUGUGGUGCUUGUAAAUUUCAUUGGGGUUCUGAUCCAGGUUUAGGAACUUAGACACAGGUUGCUGAAAGUUUUUGUAUACAUUUUUCACAAGUUCAGGGUACUGAUGGUUUGAGCUGUUAUUUAUUUUGCUUAGCAUGUCUUAAUGUGUUGAUUUCUAUUCUUUAUUAAAAGAAUUAUUCGGGAUUUCUGCCA